GUCGAAACUCAUGUCGUCACUAGCGUCCGUUGUGUUUAAAGUUUUUGGCGGAUUUUUUGACUCGUUAGCUACCUACGUAAAAGUAACAUUUUCUGAACGGAUUAUUUAACAUUUAUAUAAAAUGGAAAGAUCCAGGAUGAACCGAGCAUCCAGCAGUAGGCUCUCUGAGCUCCCUCAAAGAGUUGAAAGCAACAGAAUGAGCAUGGUUUAUGCAACACCGCAGAGCAAACAAUCCUUCGGAAAGUUGAACAUUCCUAAACCCCAGUCUGUCACAUCCGAGAGAAGAACCAGCUUUUUUGGUAGUCGGACCAGUGGGGCUGGCAUGGCUCGCAACAGCGCCUUUGGAGCCUUUGGAGGUGCAGAGAAGAUGAAGGAUCCCCGGCCCUUACACGAUAAGGCCUAUGUUCAGCAGUGCAUCAGACAGUUGUGUGAGUUUCUGUCAGAGAAGGGCUUUCCGGGUUCAAUGUCAGUCAAGUCUCUCCAGUCGCCCUCCACCAAGGAGUUCCUAAAGAUCUUUGAGUUCAUCUACUGCCUCCUGGACCCCACCUUCCAGAUGCCCACCUCCAAAGUGGAGGAAGAGGUCCCCAGGAUUCUCAAAGACUUGGGGUAUCCAUUUGUUCUCUCCAAAAGUUCCAUGUACUCUGUGGGGGCGCCACAUACAUGGCCACAGGUCUUGGGGGCUGUUGUCUGGCUCAUCGAUACUGUGAAGGUCUUUUGCUGUAUGAGUGAUCAGGACCUGCUCUUUGCUGAUUUCUCUGACGGAAGCACUGAGAUUGAGGACGGGGUUGAGUUCAACAAGCUCUUUCUGGACUACACCGCUGAAACCUACAACAAGUUCAUGCAAGGAGCGGAUACGUUUGAUGAAGAGGAUGCAGAUUAUCUUGCUAAACUAAAGAGACUUUACAACGUUGACGAAGGGCUUCUCGCAUCCAUGGAGGAGAAGUACAGGAUUCUGAGUGAUGAGGUUGAACGGCUGGAGAAAGAAAGUCAAACGGAUCGAUUGAUGGUCAAAAGAACGGAGAAAGUCAAACUUCAGACAGACCUGCAGAAGCUGCAGAGUUAUCGCAGUAACCUGGAGUCUUUCAAAGCCAACCUGGAGAACAAAGCCUCUGGAUUGGCCGAGGAGCUGGAAGCAUCUGGACUGCAAGUGGAGACCCUAAAACAGGAGGAGUCCCGGCUCCAACACAUCUUGUCCACCCAGAAGUUCACUCCCGCAGACAUUGAGAGGAUCAACUGGGAGAAGAGGGAGCUGCAGCAGACCAUCAACAGCCUGAGCAAGAGCCUGGAGCAGGCCGAGCAGCACAUGUGGAACGAGGAGAUCGCUCUGGCCAAGGCCAAGGAGACGGCCGAAGUGAAGCUGGCCGAGUACCACAAGCUCGCCCGCAAACUGAAGCUCAUCCCUGUGUCUGCCGAGAACGCAUGCGGCCACGACUUUGAGAUCAGGACCUCCACAGAAUACGGACCGUCCACCAUGGUUCAAUGCAGAACACAGAUUCAACAACUACUGAGGAAACUGAUCACUGACGUGGACGAGGAGUGUAGUCGACUGACAGACAUGAAACUAAGCCUGGAGGAGUCCAUAGAACAGGUGAAUUCCAAUAUUUCAGAUAAAGCGAAUGACUUGAAACAACUGAGAGAGCAAAUCCGUAGGCUCGACGAGCAGCUCGAACAAGACAUGCAGGACAUGGCCCAUGAGGAGCAGAAGUGGUCUGCUGAGAUGGAAUCUGUGGAGACCCACCGCAAGCUGCUGGAGAAGAAGGUGACCCUGGGCUAUGAUGAGUCGGUGGAGCAGCUGAAAGCUGCACAGCAACAGUACCAUCUUGUCCUGCAAGAAACCAAUGAGGAGCGGCGGACUGUGGUUAACAACCUUGCCAGUGUGUUAACCACGGCUGCCAACCACCUGUCCAUUGUAGAGAAAUUCUUAGAGGAUCAACACAAGCGAGUAGACAGGGUGUACGCGGAAGCUUUCCGGGAGGACGAGGUGGACAUUCAGAAGAUGAAGGACAUUAUGGAGAGCUUCAUCGCUAAAGUAAAUAGCAUGUAGUUCCAUGCUUUACUAUAAAAGCUGACAUGAGCUCUAACUCUUUACUUGGUUAUUCCAUUGGAACCAUCCCAGCAGGCAAAACUUGGUUUAGUGACGUUGUGACAACAGAAACUAGUUGAAAUGACAUCAUUGACAACCAGUUUUGCCUGUUGGGAUGAGUGCAGCUUUUCUUCUCUUCUAAGUGACGUCUUUACUGACCACGGUGAGCAGAACAUCAGUUCCAAAGGGCCGCACCAUCUUCUGCAGUUUCCCUGGUCACUGCUCUAAAGCAUUGGGAACUUGUGAGACCAGAUGGGAAGACUGUAUUGGGUGCUGGUAGAAUAUAUGUUUCAAUAGGAGUUUUACUUUGUUCAAGUACCCCUGGGUUAGAUCAUGGGUGUACAGUUAAACCUUUUUUUGUAAAGUAUUUUAUUGUUGUCUUGUGUUUCUCAUCUGUCUAGCCACUAGAGGGCAGUGUAAGGCUACAUUUACAUUACAGCAGUUUCUGGUCGGCUGGAAUACUUUUUUACAUUUAACCUUAAUUUAACUUGGAAAGUCAAUUAAGAACACAUUUUUAUUUUCUAAUGACAGCCUACCGGAGAACAGUGGCUGAACUUACUUUUUCAGGGCAGAACGACAGAUUUGUACCUUGUCAGCUUGUGGAUUCGUUCCAGCAACCUUUUGUUUACUGGCCCAACUCUCUAACCACUAAGCUACCUGCCGCCAAAUAUACACUACCGUUCAAAAGUUUGGGGUCACUUAGAAAUGUAUUUGUUUUUGAAAGAAAAGCAACAAAAAAAUGUCAAUUUAAAAUAAUCUAAAAUGUAUCAGAAAUCCAGUGUAAACAUUGUUAAUGUUGUAAAUUACUUUUGUCGCUGGAAACAGUUGGUAUUUUAUGGAAUAUCUAUAUAUCUAUCUACAAGAGGCCCAUUAUCAGCAACCAUCACUUCCAGUCUCGGUGAAGAGGUGACUCUGGGAUGCUGUCCUUCUCGGCAGAGUUCCUCUGUCCAGUGUCUGG